AUGAAACGUGUCAUGAAGCAAGUAAUAGAGAAUGAAGAACAGUCUUUCACUAUUUCUUGGCAACAAUUUCGAAAAAACUACGCAGAGCUUGAUUCUCUCACAGAGAAUGGUCUACCACAGCAAAUUCAUCUAUCAUUACUUGCCGAUGGCAGUUGGUCUAAUAUGAUUGUCGUUUGGAUCGUCAAGGAUAGUGAGAAAGAACAUCAACCGCCUUCGUUCGUACGAUAUGGAAAUGUUAGCGGUAGCUAUGUCUAUGAACAGGCGGCAAAAAACAGGACUUAUAAUGUGGGUAUUGAAGGAUGGAAGGGAACGAUCUAUGAAGCUUGGAUGACCAAUUUAAAUCAAUGUCAGACAUAUUAUUACAAGGUUGGAAAUUCUAAAGCAUGGUCAAGAGAAAUCAGUUUUAAAACAGAUUGUCCUACCAUCACGAAACAUACAUUCGCUGUCAUGGGUGAUAUGGGUACUGUCAUUCCGGCUGGUUUUCUUGUAGCUAAACAGAUCAAAGAAGAUCAUAAAGUCACGCCAUUUUCGGUUGUUGUGCAUGCGGGUGAUAUCAGUUAUGCUGGUACAGGUGCACAUGAUGAGAUUUCCGAAGUUUGGGACUUAUGGGGAGCGCAAGUAGAGCCUAUCUCAUCUAUAGUACCAUACAUGACAAAUGUAGGCAAUCAUGAAGCCUAUUACAAUUUUACAGUCUAUCGGAAUCGAUUCCGUAUGCCAGGUCCUGAAAGUGGUGGUCUCGACAAUUUCUGGUUUAGCUUCAAUACUGGACCCAUUCAUUGGGUCUCGAUGAGCUCACAGCAAAAUAAUUCAUCAGAAACCAAUAUGAGUCUUAUGAACAUCGAAACGUCGCCAAAUACUACGACGCUGAUUAAUACUGAAAAACCGACAACCAGUGUAACUCUAAUGAAUACAAAAAUAUCAAUGGCCUCCUCUUUAGCUACAAAAUACAUGUCAAUGGGUGUUCGUGAUCGUCGACAUAGAGAUGAAACAGAAGCAGAGAGAACAUUUCGGAAUAUUAUCAAAGAUUGUCAUAAAAAUAAAACAAACUUUGUCGACAAUCAAUUUCCUCAUUCAUCAAGUUCUUUAGGUGAUAGAUUUUCGCAUGAUGUCUUCCAAUGGUUUCGCAUUGCAGAUAUUCGUUCAUCUUCUAAGGAUGAUGAUCAACUUGAGUGGACAGUCAUGUCAUCACCAAAACCAAGCGAUAUUGAACAAGGUCUCUUAGGAAAUUGUUGGCUUAUUGCUGCAUUAUCUCUUAUCGUUGAAAGACCAGGCAUACUUCGACAUAUUCUUCUCACACAAAAUGUGAAUUCUGAAGGAAUUUACCUCGUUCGUCUAUGUCAUAAUGGUUUAUGGACAACAAUUAUUGUUGAUGAUUUUUUUCCAUGUUAUGAAGACGGUACGCUUCUUUUCACCAAGGCUCGACGUCGACAACUAUUUAUUCCAAUUAUUGAAAAAGCAUGUGCUAAACUUUUUGGUUCUUAUUCGAAUUUAACAAGUGGUCAAAUGGCCGAAGCUCUUCAAUUAUUUACUGGUGCACCAUGUGAUUAUAUUCAUCUCGAUCGUUCGGAUGAACCAAUCGAUAGUGAUAUUGUUUGGGCAAAACUCGUAUCUUGUUGUCAAGCAAAUUUGUUGAUUGGUGCUUCGACAGGUCGGCACGAUGUAAGCAAGGAUAUGUAUGAUCAAAUUCGAAUAAAUUCCAAUCAUGCAUUUUCAAUCUUAGCAACACAUGCAACUGAUAAAGACUCAGUCCGUUUUGUACUCGUACGUGAUCCACAUGCUUGUUCAUGUUAUAGGGAUGAAUAUAUUACUCCCAAAGUUCUUACUCAAUUACGUACUAUAAAUAAUGCACAUCGCUCGACGGGAGCUUUUUGGAUUGAGUGGACGAAAUUUCUUCGUUUUUUCUCAAAAUUAACAAUUUCAACAUAUGUUAACAACUACUUUGAUAUACGUGAACAGGCUAAAUUUACUCGAUUACCAACGGAUCCUAUUACCGUCUUUUAUUUUCAUGUACCACAUCAACGCGAACUAUGUACCUAUUGGAGUGGAUCAUUACGACCAGGUAUAUAUUAUAUCAUACCAUUUUCAACCAGUUUCUGGCAUCGACAUGAACAAACAGAAGAAUUAAAUGGUUUUACAUUGGUCAUACAUUCCAGUGUUCAAAUAGAGGGACUACUUGGCAAUGAAAAAACAACAUUUCUUGCUGAUUCUCUCAUUGCAUAUGUGAUGAAAAGUUGUGAAAAACCACAAGAAUUCGAUAAUACAACUUUUUAUACUACACCGAAGAAUCAGAAGUUGACGAUAAUGGUUAUUGAGAAUCUAUCAACGACAUAUCAUCUCAACGUCGAUGUAGACAUGAGUGAAUCAAGAAAUAUUCGUCACUCUCGAAAUUCAUUUGUCACACAUGAUUGUAUUCCACCACAACAUCGUCAAAUAAUCUGUAUCACAGAGUGGAUAAUGCAGCCUGGACAAUCUGGUAGACAAUCAUUUAAGUACUCCCGACAGCUUGUUAAGAAUCAAAGUGAAUCAAUACCACCGGUUCGUGACACUACAGAUGACAUACAUACAUUACGACCAAUAUAA